UAAUUUAUUAUCUCUCUUACUUAUGAAUUCCGAUAAAAAGGAAGACAAUUUAUUUAACUUUAAAUUAAAUGAUGAAAAUUAUCUUCGGUUAAGGAAAAAGAAAUCAAACAAUGAUUUAGAAUUUGUAAAUAACAUUCAAGAAAACAUGGUACCCUUUACAAAAUUGCCUUCUACUUUUGACACCAUGGAUAUGGACGAGCUAUCUAAAUAUAAUCGUCUUAAAAUUGCAAAUAUUAUUUCAUAUCAGAAUCAACCAAAUUCUAACAAUGUAGAAUCCUUGGAUUUAUUUCUAAUGAAUGAUGAUUUAACUAAUCAAAAGUCCAAAAAGAAUGUAGACAUUUACCAAGAAAAGAUUCCUUUAAUCAUAGAAAAAAAUGUUGAUCCAAAGAAUGUUGAUAAUGGGAAUUCUAAUAAAUAUCCAAAAGAAAUUGCCUCAAACCAUGAUUGCCAAACAAAUUUUGAACCAUUUGAAGAUAACGAAACUUCUUGGAGUAUUGCAUUGCAAAUAUGUAUUCCUUAUCUGAUAGCUGGCUUUGGCACAGUUGGAGCUGGAAUGGUUUUAGAUAUAGUUCAGCAUUGGCCUGUAUUUAUUGAGGUGACAGAAUUAUUUAUCCUUGUCCCAGCUUUAUUGGGACUUAAAGGUAAUUUGGAGAUGACCCUAGCAUCACGCCUGUCUACGCAAGCCAAUUUAACUUCCAUGAAUGAUCAGAAUUCCGGAAAUUGCAACCAAAUGGAAUUAGUCGAAACUAACCAAGAUCACGUUAGAGUUGACAAUCAUCUAUCCCCCAAAAAUGGCGGAUUCGACAACGGCGGAAAUCGUCUGCUCAUGAAUCAUAACCAAUCGUCUGCUAUCAACUGCCAUAGUUGUUUGACCCCCGAUAACGAGACAACUCUCCAGGGCAACGACAAGGAAGUAAACGGCUUUUUGCCACGGCUAAAUUCCUUUUCACCCGGUGAAAUUGACGAUAACAGAAAUAACAACUCAAGCCACAUUCCCAAUCCUCCUUCUCCUACCCAAAAUGAGGGUGCCCUUAAUUCUUCCAUCCCGAAAAACACAGAAUCGUUCGCGAAAAUCUACAGCCAUUCCAUGGUCGAUCCAAAUAUUCGAGAUAAACUUCCGCCUAUAGUUGCUUCGAAAAAUUGCGCGAAUCACAAUUCAAAUUUUGUUCGAAACUCGCCAAACGCUAACAAAAUCGUCAUCCAUAAGUCUACUCGCAAGAAAAUAAACGUUUGGCCUUCCCUCAUAGCCGGAAACCUGGCAUUGAUUCAAGCCCAAGCAGCUGUUAUUGGGCUCCUGGCCUCUUUCACGGCCAUUUUUAUGGGAUGGAUUCCCGAAGGUCGUGUCGACUUUACCCACGCCAAACUGCUUUGCGCUAGCAGCAUCUUAACUGCUUCCCUCGCCAGCGCCAUUUUAGGAUUGAUAAUGAUCUUGGUCGUUUUCCUAUCCCGGAAAUGCCAUCUUAAUCCGGAUAAUAUAGCGACCCCUAUCGCCGCAAGCCUCGGCGACCUGAUAACUCUUUCGCUGCUCGGUUUCAUAUCCAAACACGUUAACCUAUCUAUGGCCACCAAUCCCGACAUAUGUUAUUGCGUUGUGUGCCUUUACGCCGUCCUAACCCCUAUAUGGGUCUAUGUGUGCUACACGAAUCCUUACACUCGCGAUGUCGUACUCACCGGGUGGUCUCCUAUAAUAUUUUCUAUGCUCAUUAGUAGCAUGGGAGGUUUCAUCUUGGAUUUCGCCGUGCACAGGUUCAAGGGCAUAGCCGUAUUUCAACCCGUGAUGAACGGGGUGGGCGGUAACCUGGCCGCUAUUCAGGCUUCCCGCCUUUCUACUCAAUUACACGCUCAAAACGUCAAGUCUCCCGCCACCUGUCACACCCACGAAAAAAGGAAAAAGAAAAACUUUAUCGCCACCUUUUGUGGGCCAGAUUCCAAUUCGCGUACUUCGAGAAUACUAUUAGCCUUGGUCGUUCCCGGACACCUGAUAUUCAUUUAUACGAUAGCUUACAUGAAAGCCGGCCACACGUCUAUCACUCUGCAUUUCGCGUUCAUUUACAUCACCGCCGCUUUGAUUCAAGUCGUUGUUCUCCUCUACAUAACGGAGCGAAUAGUCGCUUCAAUGUGGGCACGCGGAGUCGAUCCGGAUAACGCGGCUAUCCCUUACAUUACCGCGAUAGGAGACAUGUUGGGCACCGGCCUAUUAGCGAUCGCUUUUUGGGUCCUGUGGAAUGUAGGAGACAAAGACGCCGAUUUAGGUGAUUAGUCUCUAGACUACUUCGGGAAAAAGAAAAAAUUCCCACCAAUCAAAAACCUAUUAUCAUUUACACGCGCCUAUUUAUUUGUAUAUUAUAGUAUAACGCGAUUGGACUAAUUAAUGGUUAUCUAUAAAAAAAAAUGUUUAUAUUUAUUAUAAUUAUAAUUAUGGGGGAGGGAUAUGUACGAAAUGAAAUAAAAUUCGAUAUUUUUA